CCAUUUGAUUUCCGCGAGUUCUCUGCGUUUGAACGUUGCUUUCGUCGCGAUAGCGAGCGACGUAGACUGUACCGAUAUCGCGGCUUCCUUCGCUCUUGGCAGCCAUUUUGCCCUUUGUCGGUGCAUGUGGCUGCAUGCAAUGGCGCCCACCUGUUUUCGUGAAUAGCAUACGCUUCUGACGUCAGACCGCAACUAGCGUCGCUUUUUCGAAGGGACCACUGAGUUACUGAAAUAUGUAGCUUUCAGUUUCAAGUACUGUAGAUGCUGCUUGCUCGUGUAGGACAUUCCCGUGGCUGGCGAUUUUCGAACAACGCGUGGGACGGACAGUCGGGCCAAGGUGUGCUUCCUGGCACACGAGGACUUCCUCGUGGCUCGUGGUUCGAACAACAGGGGGGGACGAACAGCCGGGCCAAGUUCCGCUUCCCAAAAUAUAAGUACACGCAUCGUUCGGGCAAAGGCGAUGCUGGACUUUCAGGCGUCAUCACUGGGUCAAGCGUGGGAGGCAUCACGGUGGCCUACUAUUUGUGUCAGGCCAGCAAGCGGUCCGGUGUCUUGCUGCCUGCCCUGCGGAACUGGUGGUCAGGCCUUCUAGCACCAUGGGGCUGGCAGGCUGCCCUGCGGAUCUGGUGGCCAGCUUUUCUUGCAGCCUGGUGCGAAGACGGACAGCCGGGCCAAGUUCCGCUUCCUAGCAGGCGAGCCUGACCUGCGGACUCGUUCGGCCAGCUGUCCUGGCGACCUGGUAUGUUGCUUCCAGCCGGCAGAGACUACUGCUGGCCUUUCGUGGUUCCUCACCGGGUCAAGCACUGGAGACAGCAUGGUGGCCGACUAUGUGAAUCCGACCAGCAGGGCGAGCGCACCGAAGACGGGACCUGUUGCAGCACAAUCUUUCCAUUGCCUUUCGCUCUGCCAAGCCUACCGGUGUCUUCCUGCAUCACCUGCGGAACUGGUGGCCAGACCUAGCACGAUGGCGCCUGGCAGCCUCCACUGCGGAUCUGGAGGCCAGCUGAUCUUGCGACCUGGUCGCAAGAUCGCAGGACCUGCGCCUCACCCCUGAAUGCUGGCCCAGCUGACCUGGUCUUCAGCUGUUCUACCUGCGUGGUGUCUUGCUGCGCGCCCCGUAGAACUGGUGGCCAGCUGUUCCUGUGGCCUCCUCGGCUGCUGAUCAGGAGAUCGCGCAUGCGUUAAGUAAUCGCAGAGCUCCUUGCCCCAGGAGACAAGGGCCUUUCUUUCUACAACUGAACAUUAUUAGGUACAACAUGCACCUGAGUUUUAGGCAAGUAAGAGCAGAUCGAAUCACUGACUAUACAUACUUAGGUAUUCACAGACAUAAAACCACUAUGACAUGCAGUCUUCCUAUAAUGUCGCCCACCUACAUUGCU